AUGACAUUUCUGAAAACUAUACAACCAGGUAAAUUUAAUAAAGAUUUUUUAUUUCCUAGUAUUUUUUAGUAUUAUAUAAAUAUAGUAAAUAUUAGAUAAUUAUAUAAAUAACAUGUAACCUACAAUUAUAAUCUAUAAGUAAUAUGUAACCUGUAAAUCUAUAAUUGUGUGCUUAAUUUUAUAUAAGUGUAAUUUUUGCAGGUUUACAAUUACUUCAAAUGUCUACAAAAAUCUUGUAUGUACCUGUACGAACUAAAUAUUUCAGUAUUGCAGCAGAACCUACUCAGAAUUAUACACAGAGAACAUUCCUAUUGGAAAUCAUUCGUGGCAUGGGAAUUACUCUAACUCACGCAUUCAGUGAGCCUGUAACAAUAAAUUAUCCUUUUGAGAAAGGUCCAUUGAGUCCAAGAUUUAGAGGUGAACAUGCAUUAAGAAGAUAUCCUUCAGGUGAAGAGAGAUGUAUUGCAUGUAAAUUGUGUGAAGCAAUUUGUCCAGCACAAGCAAUCACUAUCGAGGCAGAGGAAAGAGCAGAUGGAUCUCGUCGUACAACAAGAUAUGAUAUAGACAUGACAAAGUGUAUAUAUUGUGGAUUCUGUCAGGAAGCUUGUCCAGUGGAUGCAAUCGUGGAGGGUCCAAACUUUGAAUAUUCAACAGAAACACAUGAAGAAUUAUUAUAUAAUAAAGAAAAAUUGUUGAAUAACGGAGACAGAUGGGAGUCGGAAAUCGCAAGUAAUAUUCAUGCAGAUUAUCUGUAUCGAUAAAUAAACUAUAAAAUGUAGUGAAAUAUUACAUUUAUAGUACUAAUAAUAAAAAAAUGUAAAUAUUACAUUUAUUAGUACUAAUAAUAAAAAACAUUUAGUAUAUUAAUAAAUAUUAUCUAUAUAAUAUAAUUUUCAAAAGACAAUUCUAUUUUUUUUUUUAAGAAUAGCAUUAAUAAUUCCUAUUCUUUUAUGGUUACAUAAAAUUUUUUCAAUGUUUUAUUAUUUUUUAUUUUAAAGUUAUAAUUAAUACUUUGACUGCCACAAUGACCACGAUGAAAAUUUGA